UUCAAACACUUUCCUCUUUAUUGGAAGUGAUAUGAUGCCAAAACGUUCCUUUUCAUCCUUCUCACGGUUUUAUACGAAGUAUAAUUUAAUUUAAUCUCCAUUUCCGAAAAUAGCUAUUACUAGCUCAUGAACUAAUAAAUGUUAUUUUUGCCGUGUAUACAUAUGGCCAGCAGGUGGCACUGUUGCCGAUAGCUCGAAGCGAAGAGGACAAGGAAGAAGACUGUUUGGUGACGCAGUCAUCAUGCGCCCGAUACCGUAGCAAUUAAGCUAGGCUAGCAACGUGAACUCAGGUGUAGAAACGUCGCUCAUCCAGUCGUCAUGACAGACGAGGACGAACACGACAAUGGCGGCUCUUUGUGCGUCGCUUUCGUGUCGGUGUUGUCCUGUCUGCUGCUCGCUUGCUCUUACGUUGGAAGUUUGUACGUGUGGAGGAGUGAGCUGCCCAGGGAUCACCCGGCUGUCAUCAAGCGGCGCUUCACCAGCGUGUUGAUCGUCUCUGGCAUGGCGCCUCUUUUUGUGUGGGCAUGGAGGGAAUUCACAGGCAUCAAGACAGUGCCAUCGCUACUGGCGAUCAUGGGGAUCCGCUUUGAAGGCUUUGUACCUGCAGUCGUCCUUCCUCUGCUGCUCACCAUGGUCCUGUUUCUGGGCCCCUUGACACAGUUGGCUAUGGACUGUCCCUGGAGCUUCAUGGAUGGCAUCCGGGUGGCCUUUGACCCGUGCUUCUGGAUGGUGUGUUUCAGCGACAUGCGGUGGUUGAGGAACCAGGUGGUGGCGCCGUUGACAGAGGAGCUGGUGUUCAGGGCCUGCAUGCUGCCCAUGUUGGUGCCCUGCGUCGGCCCGGCCGCCGCCAUCCUCACCUGCCCGCUCUUCUUUGGAGUGGCUCACUUCCACCACGUGAUCGAGCUUCUGCGUUUCCGGCAGGGGACGCUGUCAGGAAUCUUCCUCUCGGCAGUGUUCCAGUUCUCCUACACGGCGGUGUUCGGCGCCUACACAGCCUUCAUCUUGAUGAGAACAGGUCACCUGGUGGGCCCGGUGCUAUGCCACUCGUUCUGUAACUACAUGGGUUUCCCUGCCAUCAGCGCGGCCCUGGAGCACCCCCACCGUCACGCUGUCCUCUCCUCUUACCUGCUGGGGGUCCUCCUCUUUCUCCUUUUCCUCUUCCCCUUCACCGACCCCGCCUACUACGCUCCCCCCACGCCGUUGUGCACCUUGGCCUCUUCCUCCAGCGCCCUCUGCCUCCCCUCUUCUUGAUCCCGGCCUGUCUCUCUCUCUCUCUCUCUCUCUCUCUCUCUCUCUCAUCUGCCCAUCUGACCUUCACCUUGGUCCACAGAGGUUGAGGAUACAGAUGAUACAGAGCUCAGGUCUGCUCCCCGAAAGACAGCACAUGCUGUGUUUACUUGACAUGCGCUGGAGUGUUCGGCGGCAAACCUGGAUUUCCUCUUCAGCGUCAGAUGUGCAUCUGUUUGAUGAGGCUCCAGCAGGAAAAAUUCAUCACCAUUAGUUUGGUCACUAACGACCACAGUAGGAGACCAUGUCUCUCGUGUCACGCGUAGACGCCCAGAUGAUUGUAAUUAUCGGACUCUUGGUCGGCGGCGGGAGCGCUGAUGGUUCCUCAAGUCAUUCAAAGUCACAAAAGGGUGAGAUUGAUGCAUCUCUUUGUGCUUUCAGGGUAAUCCAGUUGUUUAUUUUUUUAAUCCUGCGAUUGUGACCUCUAUGUUGUUUACAUGCACAAUAAUACCCAACUGGGAAUAUCAGCGGUGCUUUUGGCAGCACUUAAAAAAAAAAAAAAAAUAAAAAAUGCAAAACACUCUAUAAGCUAAACUGGUACUGUGAAGACAAAGUUGAUUGCUUGAGCAAUAGAGAAUCACGAGGAGGAGGAUGUUUUUAAGGCGAGCCGGUCGGUGUUUCUUGCCGGUGGCUUUGUGUGAGGUGAACACUAGAAGGCGUCAGAGAGCCUUCUAUUUUUGUCUUGUCUGUCGGGGCCCCACUACCGGGUGAGUAAAGUGCUGAAUGCGACCAUUACUGAGACACGCUAUUCAUCAAGAGCGGCGGGAAGGCUUCUGGCUGAUUUAUGGUACAGUCUGAAGAGCCUUUCCUGUGCCAAGAUAAACAUUUGCUGCAAAUAAAUUCACUUAGUUGAACCUUUCUCCUAAGUGGCACCUGUUCCCCAUCAUUAUGCCCCCCCCCCCCCCACACACACACACACACGCACACACAAAGAAAAAAAAAAAAGUAAUUUAUUGAUCCGCUCACAAUACUUUCUCACUUUGUCCUUGGCUGCCUUUGAGUUGUACUUAACAGUCACCGGUCACUUUUGUAUAAAAGAUCCGCUAGGAAAAAAAGAAAAGUCAGCCUUUGCUUGGGCAGGGGCCGAGAUGCAGAGUGCCUGUAACGAUAUGCAGACUGCCGAGGAAUCUAUAUUUUGCAAAGCUUGAGCAGCUCUGUUAUUUUCCUAGAGGGGGGAGGAGAAUUCCAAAUGUGCUCAUCGACAAUGAGCCCAGCGCUGUUUUUUUUUGUUUUGUUUUUAAAAAAAAAUAUUUUGUGAGUGUAUAGAGUAUAAAUGGAUCGCACCUGUACAAUUCAAGUAGUUUUACUACAACUAUCUUUGACACAAACCUUGGCUGUAAAGAUGUUUGUAAAUAAAUUUUAUACAGCAAUUCA